UGGUCUUCUUUCGCCAACCGUUCGCAGAAAGCAGCGAAAAGCAGAAAGUGGUGAGCUCCGCAAACGCUGGCAAAUUGUCGUCGCCUUCGUUGUUCAAAAUCGACUACGGAUCGGUUCCUCCGCAAGAAUAGUGCAAAUUGUCGGUGUUCCCUCGCCGGUGCGUGGUGCAAGCCUAACAUUUCCGCGUUGUGCGACCCGCUUCUAGCGCCGCUGAUCUCGUCCGGGUCAACCGCAGUCAAAUUCAGGAUAUUGGCCAGCUGUGGCCGCUUCAGCGAAGUCUGUUUGCUAUUUAUCGGCUCGAGGGAUUCUGAGGAAAGCAGCUUCCUCGCUCGCGCACCCUUCCCGCGUCCCCCCGCCGCCGCCGUCGAGAGUGUUGUGUCUGACGACACGACGACAUCGAGUUUAUUGCCCCUGCUUGCCUGCCAUCGUUCGCCAGCUUGCCGUGCGCUUCUGCAACGCAAAAUCACGGAAUCUCUGCCAAGGUAGCGGCUGAGCGACGGUCGCCAGCAGCUUCUUGCGCCGCCUGAGCAGCUCUUCUUGGGGUUCGCCCGUCGUGGCCUCGCAGGCCGCAGUUGCCAUCGAGUGGUCGAGAGCAGGAAACAAAUCGACCGUCCAAGUGUCGCCGAGUUGUGAGAUGUCAAAGUGCGCCGCGGUCCAGGACGUGUAGGAAAAUUGACCGCCCGGAAAAGAGGCCGCCGUGGACGCUGAGUGCCCCGAACCGAGUGCCAAAUUGUCUGAAUUGGGUGCAGACACCCGUGCGGAACCCGAGGCGGACCCGGUUGCCGAGUUUUCAUUCAGAAGUUGUGCCAAUUCGCGGAGUGCGAUUGAGUGAGUGCAAGUGCCCGUUUUCCGCCGUGCCAGGCCAGUGAUGCUCUAAAUCAACACUUUCUGGGAUAGUUUCUGUUGUUUGGAUAUUUUCAGCGCUAGGAAGCUCUCCUGCGACUACUGCUGUUUGCAUUGUUUUUCGAAAAAAUGUAGUUCUAUUCGGAGAGUUAUAUUCAUCCAGCAUGGAAUUAUCUGGAAUUCUGGUCCAUAAAACUUUGAUAACUUCGUUGGAAUAAACGGAAUAAAACAAACCUGCCAUAAUUCCACUUUACAGGAUUCAAUAAUAAAUUAUCAUCACCAUCGUCAUCAUGGAAAAGCCAAUACAUCCAGUGGUGGGACCUAAAGUCUCCCAAAUAGCAAACAUUUUCCAGCGGAAACCACUCGAAAUUACACCCGAACCCACCACAAAAGAGCCCCAACCAGCCGUCUCCGUGGUUCGAACUGAAUCUCACGCGACUCGAUUCAAUAACGCUCGUGCUCUAUUUGAAAAACUGGGAGUCGAGAAUCGCAGCAAAAGUACACCAGCACCACUCAGUAUCAAAAUGUCUCGUUCCGGUAGUCGAGAUGAUAAUUUGUGUGAUGACGGACAGUUAAUUGAUAGUAGAGAUUGUGGCGGUAAUAAUCGAAGAUCGCCUUCGCCACCCAAACGUCGAUCACAUCCCAACAUAGCGAGUAUCUCACCACCAAUCGGGGCCGGUCAGUUGAAUGGUGUCAGUGCAAAAUUAGAACAGUCCAAAAUUCAUAAUAUUUCGCGAAUUAAAUCUGAGGACAUGUUGGAAAAGCCGGAAAAGCCCGAACGGAAAUUCAAUUCGCGUGAACUGAUUGAAAAGCAGAAGAAGUGGACGUCGCAUUUCACGAAGACUAAAUCUACCCGUUCGCACAGUGAUCCGAAUCGUUGUGACAUUAUUCGAACAGUGCCGGGAACUGGGUUGAUACCCGGAAGUGUUAUUCAGCACAAGGAGGCGAGAAACAGUGUACCCAAUAGUGGACCCAGGUCAAUCGAGUUAGCCGCGCCGAAUGAAAUGGCUCCUCCAAGCCCUCCCGCACGUCAAAUGAUUCCUCCGGAAAUUAAACCUCGAAGUGCAGCAACGAAGCUUGGGAGCCCAAUCAAAUCACCUCCUCCUCCCAUUCCUGCUACAAAGCCCGCAUUCCUCUACAAAGACUUCCAACAAAUUUCUAGUCCGGAACGAUUGCGUUCGCCAACGAAAAUUUCAGAGCCACCUCCACCUCCGCCUCCACUCAGUUCCUCCCCGUCGAAAUCCUCCAUGCUGAGUCGCUCCUCUGAAGAAUCCUUGCCGCAAUUGCCCGAAAGGAAUCGUAAAAAGUCAGUGGAGCUCAUCGAUGACACUUUGCCAAUAGGAUUAGGAGAUAAGAGACCGUCUAUCGAUAAGGAUAAUUCCAAUUCAAAUUCAACGAACUCAAGUAUAUUUUCGCCGCCACCAGUUCAUCCAGUUAGUUCAUCACCUAGUCCUGCACCAAGUGCAUCGUCUGGUCCGUCGAGUCCCGUUCACACGGAAGAUGAGAAGCAAGAAAAUGAAUCAACAGAAAAGGCUGAAUUGGGUGGUUUCCUACGAAAUGAUAGUGAAGGACGGAGCCAUAAAGCAUCAGAAUGUACUGAAUCGGAUAAGACGACUUCCUCCUAUAUUCAAAAACGUUCAAAGAAAAUAUCUAGCGUUUCUUUAAAUAUUGCAGCUGCUGGACUAGGAUCGCGACCGCCCAGUAUAGUUAGUUCCGUGAGCACAGAUGAAGGAGGCUUCAACGAGCCCUCACCAGAAAUCAAAGCGAAACUCAAACCUGCAUAUAGUUUCGAUUCACCGCCACCACCACCUCCGCCCGCAUCAACAAUCGAUGUAAACAACGAACAUGAAUUCACGCUUGACAAUGCGCCGAAAGCAACAACAAUCCCAACCCCACUCGACAUCAAUGUAGCUACUCCUAACCUCAUCACUGCACAAUCUCCGAGCCCAAACGCUGAAGAGAAACCUACCCUCAACUACGUAGAUGUCGGCUAUCGAUUGAAUCCGGACGGAAGUGAGAGUAAACAAAUAUAUGGAGAAGCGGAACUGUAUCAAUCUGCCCCGGGUGACUCCAACGUCAUCGCAAGAAAUUUCCAUCCCUCGAACAGAUUAUACGAGGAUGAGCCGACGGUUUAUGCCAUAAUCAAGCCGGAGAUUCCGCCACCUGCUGCAGAACUCUUCUUUGACCAACAAGCGGCCGUGGAGGCUCGCGAGAAGUCUGAUGACGACGACAAGGAAAAACAUCAUCAUGUUCGCAGUAAUGAUAAUGACGAUAAUGUUGGGGGUGGUGCUGAGAGGAGAAGGUCGUUUGUGUCGCAUUUGGAUGCCCAAGAUAGUUUUGAAAAUACAGAACUGCCUGCUCUUCCGCAUCAAAAGCCUCCCCCUCCACCCGAAGGACCUACGCUGGAUUUACAAGACGUGAAGUACGUCGAUGCCAGCGAAGGCGAGGAGGAAGGACAGGACGAUAGCUUACCCGACGCUAUGACCGCCGAUGAGGCUGAAAGAUUGUUGAGCUCAAGAAUUUUGGCAAGCAAAAUCAGGCAACAAUCUUUACUGUCCGACGAACAAGCGAAAGAAGUCGAAGAGAUUCUAUCCACUCAACCAUCACAAUUACUCAAAUCUAGUCAACCAUUGCAACAACAAGAAGAUGAGCCCGAAUGGCUAAAGGACGUUCUAGAUGCCUCAAACAAAACCUCUGACUCCACUGCAAAUAAUUUAAAUGAGGCAUUCAUCACAUCUAAAACAACUACUGAAGAUUCAACAUCAUCGUAUUUCACAACUGAUAAGAAUCAGUCGGAUGUUUUACUAAAUCAUUCCACAGCACCCGAAUCACUGCAGGAAUCGAUUGUUUCCAUUGAAUCUACUCAUAGCGUCUCCGAAUCAGCUCAUAGUAUUACAGCGACGACUAUUGACGAAAGUAUUACCUCGAGUAAGCACAAUUCUGUUGGCUCUUUAGCAGAUGCCGACGUGUCUGCUGACGACUCCUAUAUACCAGAGUAUCCACCAGUUCGAAGCAAAGAAGUUUUCGUGGAGUCCGGAGUACAUUAUUUCGAAGAUGGCAACUUUUGGAUGGAAGUACCUGGACUUUUAGAUUCUGAAGAAGAUGAUGAUGAUCUGGACUAUCCACCAAUAACUGUAAAGAAAAAUACAAAAGUUAAGUUCAGUUCGGGACCGAUUCAAGUUUACUCAACAUUUUCUGUAACUGAAUAUGACCGGAGAAAUGAAGAUGUUGAUCCAGUCGCCGCUUCGGCGGAGUACGAAUUGGAAAAACGUGUGGAAAAGAUGCACGUUUUUCCCGUUGAAUUAAUGAAAGGCCCUGAAGGAUUAGGACUGAGUAUCAUUGGCAUGGGUGUCGGUGCUGAUGCCGGAUUAGAAAAAUUGGGAAUAUUUGUUAAGACAAUUACAGAUAAUGGUGCCGCCGCAAGAGAUGGAAGAAUACAGGUGAACGAUCAAAUUAUCGAAGUAGAUGGUAAAAGUUUAGUAGGUGUAACACAAGCUUACGCCGCUUCGGUUUUACGAAACACUUCUGGUCUUGUGAAAUUCCAAAUUGGGCGAGAAAGGGAUCCAGAAAACUCAGAAGUAGCGCAGCUUAUACGUUUAAGCUUACAAGCGGACAAGGAGAAGGAAGAACGACUAAAAAGACAACAAGAAGAAUACUUACGACGAACUCUCGAUUAUUCCGAGGAUUCAACACAACCGGCCUCUGCCAAUUCUAGCGUAUCCGAAGGUCCUACCAGCCCAAUUGUUGUCGAGAAUCCAAUGGAGGUGGAGGCAAAACACUCACAAGAAGUAGAGUCUUUGAAGAGACUUCUACAAGAGAGUGAAAAGAAAAUAUUAUUGAAUGAAGGCGAAAUAGCUGACCUUAAAAAUAAGCUCGUAAAGCUUGAAACAACAGGAAACGAAAAUGAACUAUUAAAUGAACGACUGCGGCAAACAGAGCGCGAAUUGGCUAACAUUAAAAAGGAAGCUUCGAACUAUCAAAAUAUGCUGCAACAGUCCCAAGCUCAAUACAUGGCUUUAGAGAAGAAAUACAACAAAGCGAAGCGCCUCGUCCGUGAAUUCCAACAACGUGAAGUUGACAUGGUACAUCGUGAGGAGUUUUAUUUACAAUUAGUUCAGGAGAAGGACACUGAAUACAAUGCGCUGGUGAAAAAGUUGAAAGAUCGUGUUAUAAAUUUAGAACAAGAAUUACAAGAAACCCAAAGAAAAGCUGGAUUUCCAGUUAUAUUACCGUAUGAUAGUACCAGCUUGAAACUUACACCGCAAAUGACGAGACGUCAACCGCCCAAGCCAUUGUUUCAGAAAUUAGAAACUGAACUCUCGGAUACUGAGAUUUCAGAUCUAUCGCCAGACGGUGAAGGAGAUGGUGAUAAGACAGCUACCGUUGAAAGAAAAAUGCCUAUUAAAGAUGAAUUAGAUACGGCUGUGCCACAACAUGAACUACUAGAUAAUUCAGCUACAAAAACCAAAAUAGAUUUAGCCUCGCGCGGUGGUUUGGCAAAUCGACAAUUACCAACAGGCAAGAAGAGUCUAAGCAAUAGUAGUUCCGAUUGUGGAUUAGAUAGCGAAGAUGAUAUCGGUACCGAAUCCACAUCGGUUUCAAAUGUGGAAAAUCAUCAAACCAACGGCCAUCAUCAUCACAUGAGCGAUGGUUAUCUGCAACAGAAUCAACUUCUCAGAAGCCAAAUCAACCAGACUGCAACACCGCUUUACGCGCAAGUGCACAAAGAUCGUGACAGUUAUAAAACUCACACGACAAUUCCAAAUAUUUAUAAGAAUACUAGCACGGAUAGCACCAGCUCUUUUGGCAAGGAUGUGAAUAGUUCAUACGACAGUAUUUUAGGGUCAAACGAUAAGCUUUCGGAGAAUGAACAGUCGUUGGAGAACUGGAUGUAUCCAAAUAGGAGGCGAGGACAAAAAAUUCCACCAAACUCGUUCACUGAUCAGCUAAAUCAAGUUUUAGCUGAUAGAGAAAGGCGGCUCGGUGAUGGAUCAUCUCGGGACUCCAGCGACGAUUAUUCAGAGAUCAAUAAAACUCCAAAUCCCGCAGCGAUAAUGACACAAAAUUUGGUUGUCGAAAUUCGCCAAGCUGUGAAUGAAGCUCAACCAAAAGUUAAAAACGUUGUUCCUCAAUCCCUUUCUCCGCCGGGAACAGUUCCAUGGCAACAACAACAGCAGCAAGGUCCACCGUCCCCUUCUAGUGUUUCAUCGUCCGGUUCGACAUCCCCAGGAUAUUCGCCAAGUCGCGGCCUUGAUUUAUCUGGUUCGAGUACAAGCUUUUCAAGUGAUAAGCGUUCUCCACAUUACUGGAAAAAUGGCCCAGUACAUGAAUGGUCAAAAGAGCAGGUAUGUCAAUGGUUGAUGGCCCAUGCACUAGAGCAGCACAUUCCGAAAUUCCGUGAGCAUGGUGUCCAAGGUGGUGCGCUACUGCAGCUCGAUUCGAGAGAAUUUAAAAUUCUCGGUGUGACGGGUGAAGAUAAGUCCCGAUUGAAGCGACGUAUUAAAGAAUUAAAAGCCGGCAUCGAGAAGGAGCGUAAAGAUCAAGAGCGAACCCGAAAGGAGCGCGAAAAGGCAAUACGCAAAGCAGAGAAGAAAGCCGAGAAAGCAGCCAAAAAGAAAUAAUCUACGCUAGAAUAAAUAAAUAUUAACUACGAAAAAUGUGACUAUUUUCUUCGAAACAAAAAAAAUAGUCUAACUUAAAAAUAAUUUAGCGCGAUUUCUGUUUUUGUUAUUUAAGUACUAAAACACAAAGAAACCAAAAUGGACUGACUUUUUAAUUUUUAAUAUUUAUAUCUAAUAUAUAAAUAUGUUUCUAUUAUACAAUCUAUCAUUCUAGAACUAGUUAUUUAUGUGCAAAACAUAGCAAUUAAUGGAAUAAAAAAACUAAUUGUAUUAGUUUCUAAUGAAAACUAAAAAAUACGAUGAAAUUUAUGUGGCAUGAAUGUUGUCUAUAGUAAGACAUGUAUUGUUCGUCUAUGUUGUAUUCAAAAUGACAGCACUAGGACGUUAUAUGUGUCCCAUUUCAAAUUUAGUUCUAAUUUCCCUAACUUCUAUCAUCGUCAUUUUUAUAAUUAUAACUCUUAGGAAAGUCGUUGUAUUUACUGCUUUUUUCAUUGCUUUCGGGAUUUAUUUAUUUUAUUUGCUUUGUUCAUCUGUGUUUGGAACAUAAAAAUUAUUCAAAUGUAUUGAUGUGUCAAAUUGUUUAAAACGAAAUUCAUAUUGUACAAGUAUAUAAUUUCCGUAUGUCCCGAAUGGAACCCAUCAUUUUAUCCACUUGAUGUCGUAGACAAGGAUAGAAAAUCAAAGUAGGAAAAUAUGUUUGCUUCGAUAUUUUGCACGGAAUUCUCUCUAGACAUUCAAAGGCCUAAUAAUAGUAAUAUACAAUAUUUUCAUACUUGACGCAGUUUUACGGUAAUGAAGACUGUAUCGGGCAGACAGAUUUAUAAAAUUAUCGCAAAAAAGAAUGUACUUUUCUUAAGCUUUCAUUAACUACUCAUCUAAAUGAAAUUUCCCAUAAAGCAUGGAAAGUCAGCUCAAAUAACUCAGAACAGAUUAUUUCAAAUUAAUAGAACAUAGAGUGCAAUAUAAUACAAGCAAAAUUCAUUUCGAAGUACAAAGUAAUCCAUGUUGUUGAUGCAUGAAGCAAUAUGAAAAUAGUGCAAAUCAUUUCCUACUUUUACACCUACACCGAGAAACUUCUGUACUCGUGCACAGUUUUGAAUGACUACAUUAAUUUUCACUAUCAUCUUGAAUCUAUGCGCCUUAUUGUCCCUUGUUUUUCGAAUAACUACUACUCCAUUGUUGACUCUAUUUUAUAAUAAUAUUCAGCUUCUAAUAUAAAAGUAAAAAAUUAAUCAAAAAUGUGCUGGGGGAACAGUAGCAAAAAGAGAGAUAUUUAGUGGGUGUUCAACAUGUCAUGAAUAAAAUCAAUACAAAAACGCUGGGCCAUUGCUAAGUGUUCCGUGAAUAUGUCCCGCAAAUCGGCUUCUUCUGCGGUCGGCCUUCACGAAAAGGGUUAAAAAAUAUAAAUAUAAUUUUGCGCACAUGGCGAAAACUUUGGAGGAGUUAGCGACUAGGUUCUCUUAUUUGUUGUGAAGGUUUCUUGAUUUUCAAAGUUUGCCAUAGUUUGAGAUUAUCUAAACAGCCAGACUUUAGCCAAUGUAAGUGAUUUUAAAGAUAGACAACGCGCAUUGAUGGAUAUUUCUCAUGAUUAAUCAUUUUGCUGAUGUAUCAGGUGAAUAAUCAGCCUUUUGAAAAGUUUUACAUUCGCUUUUGAUUGGAAUUAGUCCUUGUUUUUCGGAGUUUCACUACAUAAGAGAAAUCAUAAUACCGCCAAAAUCGAGAGUGUUAAUAUUAUCCACGAUUAUAGAUUAUAUACCAAUAGAUUGCCAUUCCAUCAUCUCAUGUGUAUAAAAUCAUCCGUAAUUAAAACGACAUUUCAUUAGAUGAUUCAACAAUCGAUGAAGACACAAAAGCACGAAAAUAUCAAUAAAAAUGAUCAGCUCAUAGGCCAUAAUUGUAAGAUUUAUUUUUUGUACAUUUGUUCAAUUGUAACUUUGUAUUCUUUACCGUAUGUCGGUGGUCAAUAAAUUAAACGUAAUCAAAGUAGUCGUUACUUAUCGAAGUUCAUGGAAUAGAAACAUGAAGACAUAAAUAAAAACGAAGAAAUUAUACUAUUAAAACCAAAUCUGUAACAAAUUUAUGAUAAAGAGGAUUAUCGCUGGUUUAUUUAAUGCCCCCCAUUUAAGAGUGUAUGCGUGGGAAUACCAGCAUGUGAAUACUGGGUUAAAGUUCUUCCCUAAUUAAUUACUGAACAUUUUUGAGACCCUCAAUUGAGUUGCAAUUUUUGGUUUGCCCGUUGUGAUUUUUUUCUUUCUAAAUUUGUAAUUUAAUCAUGUUUUUGUAAGCAUGCAAAAUAAGUCGUCUGGUAUGUAAAGACAAAAGAUUUUUUGUAAAAUAUUUAUAAACAAUGAAAUCAUAAGUAAAAUUGAUGCGAUAUUUAUAUAGUUAAGUAUUUGACUAUGGAGAUUUUACGAAGAAAGGUAUAUGUGAGGAGAAAGUUUGAAACAGAAAAACAUUAUUUUCAAUGAACAACUGAAGAAUUCAAAAUGAUAGAACGUACGAAAGAUCACAUUGAAAUACUGUACUUAUUUAAGAUUUUAUGAUUAUAACUAAUGGUAAGUCCAUAUUUAAUUAAAUCGUCAAAAUAAAGAUAUGAUUAUAAAAAA